AUUUCCUUUGGCACGCUUGGUCGCUCGAGCGGUUGCAGGUCGUCGUCAAUGGUGGACUGUUGAUGUCGCCGCGUCAUUAUUUGACAUUGUUUUUCGAGGCGCCGCCGUCGGUUGCAACCACACAUCAUCAUCGCGCCGCAUCGCAUCGCGUCGCAGUUAAAAGCAAAACAGCAACAUUUGCAAUAUCGAUUGCCAACGUGAAAUGCUAUGCUAGAUUGUGAAAUAAAAUCGCAUACCAAUACAAACUGAUAUCCCGAAAAGGGGAACAAAUAAGAAAGUUGGGCUUAAACAAGAGUGAAAGAUGGAAAAAAACGAACUGAAUAAGAUUAAAAUGUGUGCAAAAUCAGUUAACAGUCGCAGCAGCAGCAAUAGAAGCAGCAGCAGCAACAACAAAUGAGUGAAUUAUAGUGACAAAUGAAUAAAAGCCAAAAGUGACAGUGAAUAAUGUUGAGAGCGCCCACUCAGCACAUCGUGCAAAUCGGCUUCGGAACGAAGACGACCACAACAACAACAGCAGCAGCAGCAGCAACAUCGACAGCAGCAGCAGCAACACCAGGCGGCAAGCAGCAGCAGCAGCGCAAAACGCUGUUGCAACGCUUCCGGCAGCAGCAACACAAGUUGCCAAAAGUCGCAGCAGCUGAGCAGACACAUGACACAGAAUAUUACUUCAAGCAGCAGCAGCAGCAGCAGCAGCAAACUUCUUCCUAUCAGCAAGGCGACAAUUGUUUGUUGUAUCUUGCCACAGCGUUGAACUCAAACUCUGAGCAGUUGCUGAAGAAACCGAAGAAGAAAAAGGAGCCGAGCAGCUACAAUUUCGCAGCAGCACUGAGGCGCAACAAGAAGCCAAAACAGCAGCAGCAGCAGCAGCAACUGGCAACUUCGACCGACGACGACGACAGUUGCCGCAGCAUCAACAGCAACUGCAGCAACAGCAGCACCAGUGGCAGCAGCCACAGUUUGUCUAAUAGUUGCAUUAACAAUCAUAACAACACUCAUUAUAGAAACAGUAAAAACACCAGACACAACAGUAGCAACAACAACGACUACAGUGGUAAUUACAAUUGCAAAACAAGCGAACAACAAGCGUGGAAAGCCAGUGCAGCACAACAAGUGCUCAUUAGCGAUCGGAAUUAUCCCAGCAGCAACACCAACAACAUCACCAACCACACCAACAACAACACCAACAUCACCAACAGCAGCAACAACAACCACAGUGGUGGCCAUAUCAUCAUGUCACCCACCUCGCAGGCGCCCACCCGAACCUCCCUCUUCGAUUCCUGUCAUCGAAAGAUCCGCCUGAUCGGCGGCGGUCCAGUUGCCUUCUUGGGCGGAUUGGUUGCCAAGGCCCGUCGCAAGGAACGCGAUGGCGAUCAAAAUUCAACAGACACCAAAUUGUAUUUGGAGGAAAGUGUCCUAGAACGUAAAUUACCUGAAGCUGAUCUCAAAGCCCUAGUGGAUCUUCCAGCUGGUUUGGACUACAAUGAAUGGCUAGCGUCACACACCCUCGCUCUAUUUGAGCACGUGAAUUUGGUCUAUGGAACUAUUAGUGAAUUUUGUACACAAUCCGGUUGCGCUGACAUGACCGGACCCGGCAACAGAACGUACUUAUGGUUCGACGAGAAGGGCAAGAAGACGCGCGUCGCAGCACCACAGUACAUCGACUAUGUGAUGACGUUCACCCAGAAGACGGUCAGCGAUGAGUCGAUAUUCCCAACCAAAUACGCCAACGAGUUCCCCGGCUCGUUCGAGUCGAUUGCGCGGAAGAUACUACGCUUGCAAUUUCAUGUGAUAGCGCAUCUGUAUGCGGCGCAUUUCAGAGAAAUCGCGCUGCUCGGCUUGCACACCCAUCUAAAUCUGACGUUCGCGCACCUCACCGCACUGCACCGGCGCUUCAAUUUGAUCGACGAGAAGGAGACGGACGUGCUGCGCGACCUUGAGGUGGCCCUGCGUCUCACCGACGACACCGGUGGAUGCCAGGAUGCUACCUCCACGACGUCGUCGGUCCAUGACCACUCCCACUCCGGCGAUCUCCAGCAUCAGUCGCUGCAACAGCAGCAUCAGCAGCAGCAGCAGCAACACCACAACAGCAGCAGCAACAGCACCUCCUCGGCGGAGGCGUUGCACGUCAAUUCACAAAGCAACAAUGGCAGCACAUCCGCCUCGGCAUCGGUAUCCCUAAUCGAUGGCGAUGCGGUGGCGCCGCCCAUUUGCACGCAACCAGAGGCGGGAGCGGGCUGCAAGCCAGCGGGCAGCAGCGGAUUGCUGGGCGGUAUACUGGGCGACCUGACCAGCGGCGAAUUUGGUGAUACAACGCGCUACUGCACCUCGGCAGUUCCUCAGGCGGCGGCAGCAGCGGGUGGGGCAGCGAUCGGUGCCACGGAUGCUGCCGCAUUGAACAACGGCGCUGGCGCACUACAUUUAAACUUUAGCAACAAUAAUAACAAUAAUCAUAAUCUGAAUCACCAUCACCACCAUCAUCACCACCACGGCCACCAUGGCCACCAUCAUGCGGCCCAGCAGCCGCAGCAGCAGCAGCACAGUGGACUCAUACAGUGCAAUGCGGCGGGCGGCGGAGGGAAUGCAACAGGGGUAGCCACGGGCGGAGCAACUGCAGCAGCGUCCUCGACCACCACGGCAUAGUGGGGCAAAAGCUACGAAGAGAGCAGCAGCAGCAGCAACAGCAACAACAAAAAACAUUAGAAAUACUAGAUUUACGCAAAAAUGUUAUUUAAUGUUACUUCUAUGAUCCUAAAGUUGAAAAUAUUGUAAAAAUAAUAAAAAAAAAAGAGAAAACAUUAAAAUGCAUUAAAAGCUAAUUGCAAACAACAAGCAGGCAUUACAUAAAUGACACACAGCUACUAAGUUAUUGAAAAGCUAAUCGAAGUUGGCAUCGUAGUUCCGUAACGUUGAUUUAGAUAUGUACUUAUUGUAUAGAACGACAGGAUGAGCUGCAAGCAUAGAGUUUAGAGUUGUCGCGUGCUUAUGCUUUACACGUAUUUUAACCUUUCUCUCCUGCAACAAAUAAAAUGUCCUGACUGAAGCCACAGUGCAAAUGCAAAGUCAAUGCCUUCAAGGCAACCAUAAUAAAGAGUUUUGAACUGCUACAAAAGUUGAUAAAAGAUCACUUGAAAAAAUUAUACAGCAACAGAAUGCUUUCAUUUCAACUUGGUUUUCUUUAAAUAUUGUUUCAAGCCAGACUUCUUACAUUACUUACCUCACGAUAUAUGUUGAAUAAACCUAACUUAUAUAAUUGUAAUUACUUCUAAACGUAGCUUUUUCUAGCGAUUACCAUACCUUUUCAGUAGCAACUUUCGUUUUCGUAUUUAUUUUCAAUUAGGUGUUUUAGUAGGCAUCCAGUUAGUUGGUCACUAUUUAAGGAAAUGUAACUAAAUUUAUUUGUAAUAUAUUUUGUUGUAAUUCGAAUCUAAGCAGAGUCACAUUUUAUAAAUAGAGCGAGUACUGGUUCAAUUGUUCAGGAACAUAGACACACAUAUUCUACUAGGCGGUGAAACGCGUUUUAAAAUAGCUAACUCACCCGUAUUUUACAUGCAGUGUACUUGGCACAGCCAGCCUGAAAGUAUGCACCGAAAAGUUAACUACACAAACUGCAGAAUGGCGCCUACGGGUAUGCACCAAAUAUGUCACAACGUACGUACCACACUUCACACCCACACACACAACCACAAAUCGCACCGAAAAAUCUCCGAAAAAAAAUCACAAUCCACACGUUGUUAAAGUAUGGCAAUUUUAAACCAAGUUUGCAAUAAUUGAAAACAUUUAAUAAUAAAAACACGUAGGGAGAUAACAGAUUUAUGCUUCGGAUUUCCAAACAAUUAAACAGAAGGGACUUGUAUGUUGUGCUGUAUUGUGUUGUGUUUUUUAGACCCAUAGCAAGAACCAAUGGCAAUGAAGGAAACUUACUUUAGAAACAGAAGCGUUCGACGUAGAAUAUUAGAAGCCAAUUUUUGUGCAUUACAAUGGUUCACCUGUCCCGAUGUAGAUAAUUGCAACUUGAUCCACCCAGUUUCACUGCUGUCCAGGCCUAAGCUACAAAAAAAA